AUGCCCGAAGAGCAGAGUCUAUGGAAAUAUAAUGAUGAGGAUGAGGAUGAGCCAUUCUAUCAACAUGCCUUGAAUGGAGAAAGGAAAAGCCAGCCCAGCCAUGCUCGAGGCGGGAUCCUUGCCGACGAGAUGGGUCUGGGUAAGACAUUGGUAAUAUUGUCAGUCAUAGCCGGGACGCUUGAUCGGGCAAAGGAAUUCGAAGAACUCGACAUAGACGAAUCCCAGCCGCAGAUCCAGCCGCAACCAAAACUGAAUUCGCAAGCGACCCUCAUUUUGGUUCCGUCCACUCUCUUUCAUAAGCAUAUUGGGCAGGACAGAUAUUUAGAGAAGGAAUUCCUUCGCAAAAGGGCUAUCGUAUUCACAACAUACGCGACUCUUGCAACUGAGGUCCGUCGUGAGGCCAGCUUUUUGUCAAACAUCAAUUGGUUUCGAAUUGUUCUUGAUGAAGCCCACUAUAUCAGAAACCGGGCAACAAAACAGUUUCUUGCUGUUACAAAGUUAUCUGCCCAGAACCGAUGGUGUCUCACAGGAACGCCUAUCCAGAAUGAUAUCGAAGAUUUGGGAGCACUCAUCGCUUUUCUCAAAGUUCCAGUACUAGAAAGACCGUCUACAUUCCGCAAGCUGAUUUCACACCCAAUUUCUUCCAAUGCAAGGUAUCGUUUCAAGAAUAUGCAAACCCUUCUUCAUGCAGUCUGUAUUAGACGAACCAGAGGCCUUUUGGAAAUCCCAGAGCCUCUUAUCCAAGUGAAACAAUUGCCAAUGUCGCAGCUGGAAAGAUCUCAGUACCGCGAGCUCCUUCAUGAUUGCAAAAUGAAAAUUGACAUGGCCGUCAGUGGUAUUAGUCGCCAACAAAAGGGGGAGACCUAA